AUGCCGUCCCUCAAACUCCUCAUCCCGCUCUGCGCCGUCAUUGUACUCCUCCAAGCCGGCGCAAUAGCACUACCGUUCGUGUACUGGCGCCUACAGAAAAACAUGCGACCGAUGAACAAGAUCCUGUUCGGCGCGUUCCUCCUUUUCAUCGCACUCGUAAUUCACCCGCUCAUCCUCACCGGCCUGAUUACCUUCACCGUCGCGCCAACCCUGCUCGCCCUCCGGCACAACGUCUUCAAGAGAGCUGGCGCAGCGUACACGGCGCUUGCUCCGCACACUCUCUCGCCACUUGCGAUGGCUAGAGAUGGCGGCCUGCAGAAGUCGAACUUCGAGUGGCUGUACACACUGCUAGGGGGUUAUGCGGGGUGGAAGGUGCUUGGUACGCUGCCGUCGCUGGUGUUACUAGGGGUGUUUAUCAAGCGCGGGGUUACUGGUGGAUGGAAGGUACAGAAGAAGGGGGUCGGGGUAAGGAGCCGGAGGACGGAUGUACAGGUUUUUCGCUGA